AUGGCGCCUCCACGAUACACGGGCGCGCUCAACCCGCCAUUCCAUCCCUCCCAAAACCAUAUGCAGUCCUAUCACCCCUCCCAACAGCACUCCUUCCUACCUCCACCCGGCCACUCCAAUUCUAAUGCCCCAAACACAAUGAGCAGUCCCUUUUCUAUGGCUCCUUCCGGUGUCAACGCAUUCGACAGGGGCACUCCAGAUACGUUGCUGAGCGGUCAUCUUGGGUUCUCGAGAGGCGUCUCGGCUCAGGGUCAUCAAGGAUUCGAUGGAAUGCCCCACCCAAGAGAAAAGCAGGAGGAUACCCGAAUCCGAAAUGUCUGGAAGCACAACCUUCGUCAAGAGAUGGCCACUCUACGUGCUCUGGUCGAAGAGUACCCCUACAUUGCCAUGGACACCGAGUUUCCAGGCAUUGUCGCAAGACCAAUCGGCCAGUUCACCACAAAAGCCGACUACCAUUAUCAAACCCUCCGCUGUAACGUCGAUCUCCUCAAAAUGAUUCAACUAGGCGUCGCUCUGUUUAGAGCCGACGGCUCCUUACCACCUGCCGACCCGGCGUCACCAGCGAAAACUCCCUACAUGUCCAAUACCGUUGCACCUUAUGCCUGGCAAUUCAACUUCAAGUUCUCUCUUGACUCGGACAUGUAUGCUCAAGAAUCUACUACAAUGCUUUCCAAGGCUGGAAUCGAUUUCGAGCGACACAGCAAACAAGGCAUCGAUCCUGCAGAGUUCGGUGCUCUCCUCAUCUCAUCUGGACUUGUUCUUGACCCCGAUGUUCACUGGAUCUCCUUCCACUCUGGCUAUGACUUUGGUUAUCUGAUGAAGCUGAUGAUCUGCAUGCCGCUGCCGGAUGACGAGACAUCCUUCCACAAAUAUCUUGAGAAAUUCUUUCCGUCCUUGUUUGACAUCAAAUUCAUGCUCAAGCAUGCCUCCGCCCGUCAACAAGUCAACAGCAACACUCCUUUAACCCAAGAAGCCUCUCUUAUCCUCGCGAAGCUCUUCUCCAAAUCCGGCUUACAGGACAUCGCAGAAGAGCUGGCUGUCACGCGCAUAGGGCAGGCGCAUCAGGCUGGCAGCGAUUCCCUCCUCACUGGCCAGGUCUACUUCGAAAUGAAGAAGAAGAUUUUUGGUGGCAGUAUUGACGAGGGUAGAUACUCCGGUCAAGUUUGGGGCCUCAAUGCCCAGAUGCCAAUGUCUGGCCGAGAUCUCAAUACUCCCAACAUGAACGGCGCUACGUUUUACCAUGGCCAUACUCCGGCCAACGGCGGCGCCCCGAGCACUCCUCGGACUGGAAACGCCGGAAUUGCGGGCAUCCAAACACCUGGUCCUGGCACGGGCUCCAUCACCCCUGGCGCUUUUGGAAACUUUCAGUACUCCGGUAAAGGUGGCAUGAGUUAG